CGCUCAAGACAAAGUCAUGGAAGUCCAAUUAUAAGAGCAGAUUCAAUUUCGGAUGCGGCUUCAACGGCUGGCUGAGUUCGCAGAGCCGCGUUGAUUCCUGGGUAGUUCUUUCGGCAAGAUGUCUCGUUCUCCGUGGAUUUGCAGAGCGUGCCUGGCUACAGCAAGAAGACUCACUCCGACUGUCACUCCGAAACGACAAAUAUCAUCCAACUCGCGCUACUUUCAAGUCUCUGAAGAAGUCCGACAAGCCAUCGCAGAACAUCGGCCCGUCGUAGCGCUCGAGACGACCAUAUACACGCAUGGAUAUCCCUACCCCGAGAAUCUAUCGCUGGCCGCACGCCUUGAGUCAUUGGUCAGAACGAAUGGCGGCGUGCCAGCUACGAUCGGCAUUCUCGAAGGCGUUGCUCGCGUCGGACUCGCUGCUGAUGAGUUGAUGCGUCUCGUCUCCUCGGCAGGCGAUCCGGGCACGCUCAAACUCUCUCGUCGCGACCUUGGCUUCGCUCUUGGACUACGCCAGCCCAAUGGCCAGCCUUUCAACGGCGGCACCACGAUCGCCGGGACCAUGAUUCUUGCUCACAUGGCAGGCAUCAAAGUCUUUGCCACUGGAGGGUUGGGAGGCGUGCAUCGAGGUGCAGAGACAACGAUGGACGUCUCGGCGGAUCUCACGGAGCUGGGACGAACGCCCGUGGCGGUCAUAAGCAGCGGCUGCAAAGCUUUCUUGGAUCUUCCCAAGACACUGGAGUAUCUUGAGACACAAGGCGUCGCAGUUGCAACGUUUGCGGAUGGCCGUGGGAAUAACGUUGAUUUCCCUGCUUUUUGGACUCGAGAGAGUGGCGUGCCCAGCCCCAAAACAUUGCGGGAUGAGACGGAGGCCGCGCGAGUGAUUCACGCGCACUGCUCGCUGGGCUUACAAAGCGGUCUAUCUUUCGCCAAUCCGAUCCCUCAGCACCAUUCACUACCUCUGGAGGUCAUAGAAGCUGGCAUCUAUGAGGCUCUCCAACUCGCCAAUACCGCUGGGAUUACCGGCGCCGCUGCCACCCCGUAUAUCCUGUCCAAGAUGAAGGAGAUCACUGGCAACGACAGCGUGGAGGCCAAUAGAGCAUUGAUCGAAUCAAACGUGAUUCGUGGCGCAAAGGUAGCCCAAGAGCUCAGCAGGCUUGAGCUGGAGGAGUUGAGCGAACAAAAUGGCCGGAGCGUCUCUGCAGGUCAUAUUGUUGCUCGUGCAGCAGCCCCAUCGCGAAGCGAGGGUAGUUCGCUGAGAAGGUCAAGUGUGCCUCCGCAAAGCUCCCCUCCGAGACUAUCUCAAACCACGAAGAGCAAAAGUAUUGAGCACACGGCGAAUGUGUUUGUCGCAGGAAGUCUGGCGAUUGACCUCUCGUGCGAUUACAUUCCCCGCUCAGAGCAGGACGCCGGCUCGCCCGUAACGCAGCCCGAACUUCGCACUUCCAACCCUGCCCAGAUCAGUCAGGCCUUGGGCGGUGUCGGUAGCAACGUGGCCAGAGCGGCGCAUCUAAUGGGGGCCAAUGUUCGUCUUUGUAGCGCUGUUGCUGACGAUCUUGGCGGCAAAACGGCUCUCGAGGCAUUGAAUGCAGCAGGAAUGUCUGCUACUGGCAUCAAGACUUUACCAGAUGACAGUGGAAGCCGGACAGCACAAUACGUCGCCGUCAACGAUAACAACAAGGACCUAGUGCUGGCAAUGGCAGACAUGAGCAUCCUUGAAUCGAACGCAUCCGGAGCGAACACCAUCAGCGCCGCUUUUGACGACUUCUGGCUUCCGCAACUACAACAAGCACCUCCUUCCCAUCUCGUGCUCGACGCCAACUGGCCUCCCGAGCACCUCGCCCGAUGGCUUGAAGCCAGCAAGCCCACAGACACCCACGUCAGCUUCGAGCCAGUGAGCAACGCCAAAAGCACAAGACUCUUCCAUCUCCCAAAACCCCACGAGCUGUCCAUCUUUCCCAACCCAUCGAUCCACCUCGCAACUCCAAACGCCUACGAGCUCGCCGCAAUGUAUGCAGCCGCCCGGGAGAGAGGCCUCUUCGACCGCGCGGAAUGGUGGCAAGUCAUCGACGCCCUGGGCAUCCCGCAUUCCGGCGCCCGCACGCAGAUGGCAUUGGCUACAUCGAAUGAGCUCGUGGACCAAGGCGUGCCGCAGCAGAGCAUCCAACUUCUACCUUUCAUCCCGUCCAUCUGCACGAAACUUGGUUCGCAGGGCGUUCUGCUCACGCAAAUCCUCCCGGCGCACGAUGAGAGGUUGACGAGUGGGCAAUAUGCGCCUUACAUCUUGUCUCGCUGUGCGAACGAGACGGAUGAUACGCUUGGUGUUGGCGGGGUGUACAUGCGCCUUUUCCCGGCGGUGGAGCAAGUCCCGCCUGAAGAAAUUGUCAGCGUCAAUGGCGUGGGAGACACUUUUGCUGGCACGUUGAUUGCCGGGCUGGCGAGUCGGCCGGGGUCGAGAGUGGAGGACAUGAUGGAGAUUGCGCAGCGCGCGGCCGUGCUUACGUUGAAGAGUAAGGAGUCUGUGAGUCCUGGGCUUGGGACGUUGAGAAUCUUGUUGUAGAUGUGUACGCAUUCAAUUACUCGAAACU